AUGGAGAAUAAGACACUUCAAGGAUUCGUCCUCGAAGUUUACGCUUACUUGGCGCUAGUCUCAAAUAUCAUCCCUUACGGCAUCGUCCAAGAUCGAACGCUUCCACUGGACCCUUUCAUCACGUCCCUCAAGGGGCUCAAAGAGUGUGAAACCUUUGGAACCUUCUUCGGCUUUUGUCACUCCCUCUUCGAACUGAUACCCUCUAUAUCCGUGCUGGCAGCGAAACGCCUGGGAGAAGAGGAGCUAGGUAUGCGUUCGGAGGAAACAGUCAGCAUGUAUGAUGGCCUCUUGUCUCGCCUCGAGGAAUGGCGAUCUCCACCUCUAGAUCGAGAAAUGGCCGAGUGGAAAUCAGCACACAUUGCAACCGGGAAACUGUAUCGCCAUGCACUCUUCGCAUAUCUCAAAGCAGCCAUGUGCGGCUCGGUUGUUGACAACCCCAAAGUAAUCUACCAAAUACAACAACACAUUGAUGAGGCAUGGCCUCUUUUGAGUGAAGUUCAUGACUCGCCCUACGGAACUAUCAUGCUCUGGCCUCUUCUCAUUCUUGGGUCGUGUAUCGUGCGUGAGGAUCAACGCCACUCACUGCGGUACAAAUUACAAUCAACCGCUCAAUGGCGCAUGAGCCAGGUUAUACAAGCUCUCCGGCUCUUGAACUUGCUUUGGGAUAGCAACAAUCGGCACGCAUUUGGUCCUUGUAAUAUCACGGCUCCCAAGUUCGCCUCACACCCGGUCCAUCACUUCUUCGAUUCAUCCUCCCUGCCCGACCCCCAAUUCUACUCACAUGGUGUUUCGGUGCAUCCGGGGAGCCGCCUUGUCUUCACAUCUGGCCAGCUGGGACAGCGCAAAGAUGGCUCAUUCCCCGAAACCUACAAAGAUGAGGUCCAUCUAGCCUUCGACAACCUCAUUGCGGUCUUGAAAGCUGGCGGCGCCGACAUCCGCGACGUGACCAAGUUGACGUGGUACUGUGUCGAUUGGAACUUCGAGGAAGCUCAUAACCUCUUGGAACCUCUUAUGGAGUUUCUAACAGACUCUUAUGGCCUUCGUUCACGCCCAAUCACAACUCUGGUUCCUGUGCCAAAGUUGGCAAUUCCCGGAGCCCGAUUCGAGGUUGAGGCAGUGGCAGCUACUGAAGGAUUCACGCAAUCAUGGAGCGAUGGUGCAGGGAGAAUUGACCAUUAUGUUGCUCCCAUCAAGGCGGACGUUGUUGAUGUUGUCGGAGGCGGUUUCAGUGGACUUCAGGCGGCAUACGACGUUCAGAAAGCUGGCUUCCAAUGCAUGUUGCUCGAAGCAAAAUCUCGAAUUGGCGGAAGGAGCCACACUAUCCAGCUUGCCAGUGGCAAGGGGCUCGUGGAACUGGGUGCUACCUGGAUCAACAAGACAACGCAGCCUAAGGCCUAUGCCUUGACACAGAAGUUUGGUCUUGAUUGCGUUCCACAGUACGGGAUUGGGGACUCAAUUUGGCAGCAGACUGACGGUGUCAUCUGGAGAGUAGCCAGAGGAGAGGUCCCAAAGCCACCAAAUUCUGGCGAAUCCGAUAUGCACAGUUUGCUGGAGGCACUCGAGGUGGAGCAAUCUCGGGUCGACAUUAUUAACACCGGAUCAUAUCCCACCCCGUCAGACAUGUCUGUUGAAGAGUGGAUUCAGAGCAAAGGUUUUAGUAAAUUUACCCAAGACUUCAUGCGUCACAGCGUUGCAGCCCUUGUCGGUCGUGAAGCUAGGGAAGUCGGGCUUCAUUACAUCCUCGACUAUAUCAAGUCUGGGGGAGGCAUAUCGAGCCUAGCUUCCGAAGGCGAGCAUGGCACUUCGGCGAUUGCCACCGGCCUCGCUCGCUCAAUGAAGCUUGGUUCCAUCAUGCUCAACAGUCCCGUCACCCGCAUUGAACAACACGGUUCCUCAAGCACUGUCUACACCAGCAAUGGUCUGACCGUGCAGUGCUCCAAGGUCAUCCUCGCCAUCCCUACCAACGUCUACGACAAUAUCCAUUUCAUGCCUCCCCUAACACCCGCAAAACGCGCUAUUGUCGGUCGCACCAAGCCUGGGAUUUACGCCAAAUGCAUCCUCACUUACCGCACCCCCUGGUGGAAACAGAAGGACAUCGACUUAGUCGGCAGCUUCUUCUCCGUCAAUGGACCCAUUAACUUCAGUUGGGAAACUUCCGACGACGAGAAAUCCAACUACUCCCUUGCGCUAUUUGUGCAUGGUGACAGUGCAGCAAGAUGGCAUAAGCUGUCAAACCUCGGCCGCGAAGACGCAAUCGAGAAUCAUUUGGCAGAGCUGGUAGGACCAAAACAUGCAGACCUGGCGAGAGAUGUGGUAGAGAUCAAUUACAAGGAGUGGACUAAAGAGCCGUGGAUUGGCGGGGCGCCGACGAGCAUUAUGGGCCCAGGAGAUUUGAGCAAGUAUGGUGAAGCGCUGAGGGAGCCGCUUGGCUGUCUGCAUUUUGGCGGUGGGGAGACGGCAAGGGAAUGGAAGGGUUAUCUUGAGGGAGCGCUGCGGGCUGGAUCGAGGGCCGCGGAGGAGGUGAUUGAGAGCCUGAAAGAGAUGCCGAGCUCCAAAUUGAAGCUCUAA